UCCAGCUCCUGCUAUCCAACAUUCGGAAAAGACGAAAAAUGGCAAUCAGAACUACCCUCGUAGUGCUGCUCUCAGUGGCAUUCACUACAUUGGCCCUCCCAGAGCAAAAGAUCGUCGGUGGACAAUUCGCCGAGGAGCAUCAAUUCCCGUACCAAAUUGGACUGUUCUUGAAUGGAGAAUUCCACUGCGGAGGUUCCAUUAUCGACUCCCAAUGGGUGCUCACCGCUGCGCACUGCGUUUGGGGAGCCCCACCGAGCAGCCUGCAAGUCUACGUCGGAUCGUCCAAUCUUACAGGCAGCGGUCAUCUGUUAGACGUUGAAGACACCUUCGCUCACGAAGCAUACGGGGAAUUCAAGAACGAUAUUGCAUUGAUGAAAUUGAAACAGAACAUUCAGUUCGACGACAGCAUUCAAAAGAUCGAGCUGUACAGUGGUGAAGAGUUGAAGGAAUCCAGCCAGGUCAUCAUCUCCGGGUUCGGACGCAUCGGAACCGGAAUGUCAGUAUCGGAUCAGUUGAAGUUCAAUACAAUGUACGUUGUGCGAGAUGAAGUUUGCUACGAGGAAACGGGAAUCCGGUACGAAGGGGUGAUUUGCUUCAACAGCGGCGUCGACAACGGUGCUUGCAACGGCGACUCCGGUGGUCCGGCAGUGUAUGAAGGACAGCUGGUUGGUGUGGCCAACUUUGUGAUAGAUGGAUGUGGCACUCAGUAUCCGGAUGGGUAUGCAAAGGUGGCUUACUUCGUUGAUUGGAUUCAGGAAACUUUGGAAACGAACUAAAGAGCUUCUGUGAAAAUAUAAUAAUCAAUAAAGGAUUUUAUUGGGAAAUGCCAUUUUAAUGAUUCA